CGUUGCACAUAGCCAAAAGCGGCGUUCAGGGGCGGUUGGUCUGCGCCAAGAUGGCGGAAGAAACUGCAAAAGCGCAGGUUGCCCAGCCAGGCGGUGACACUAUAUUUGGAAAAAUCGUACGCAAAGAGAUUCCUGCAAACUUUCUGUAUGAGGAUGAUUUGUGUGUAGCCUUUCCUGAUAUUUCUCCUCAAGCUCCAACUCACAUCCUUGUUGUCCCGAAAAAGCCUAUUGUUCAGCUGUCAAAAGCCGAGGAUAAUGAUGCUGCAUUGCUGGGCCACUUGUUGAUUGUUGCAAAGAAGUGUGCUCAACAGGCAGGCCUGUCAAAAGGCUACAGGAUUAUCAUCAAUGAUGGACCAGAUGGAGGCCAGUCCGUUUACCACAUCCACAUCCAUGUCCUAGGUGGUCGGACGCUGGGAUGGCCACCUGGCUAAUGUCCACAUCUAAACACACCCCUGUGCAAUUGGUGUCCACGUCUGUCGUCUGACAACCUUAACACUUCGUCAAGUAAAAUAAGAGUCAAACAAAAUCUGGAAAUUCAUCAAUGAUAAUAAAAUGCACUUCACAACAACA